AUGGAGGAGUAUAUGCGCACAUCCGCACGCCUACGCCACGACACCCCGGGCAACAAAACCGUGACGCUGGCGGGGGUGGUGCUAGCGGACGAGGCCGACCCUGCGGCGCCAAAAGUGACGCUGCGUUUCCCCAGCGAGCUGCGAAUGGAGGGCGAAGAGAAUGUGGAUGAUAAUUGGUCAACAGGUAGCAAUUUUCGGCGAUUCCAAUCCCCAGGGCCCCGCGACAAGGAAACACCCACUGGACCGUUCCCAAGCUACACGAAGGAGGGCUUCACGGCACUGCAGGCGCAGCUGUCGCGCGCGGUAACGAUGCUUUGCGCCAAACCACCGCGACGGCGCCGCCAUCUCUUGCACGGCGAGGCACCGCGUCGGCGCAGGCAGCUCUUACCAGCAGCUUUUGGGCCUAACUUCCGUUUGCGCCAGAUCAGCUACCCGCCGUAUGACGACGACGAGCUGCCCGCAUAUAUACCCGAACUUCUCAGCACUGUCUUAAUCAUCGGAUUCGUCGUGACCUUCGUUUUUACCACUAAAAGCCUUACGGAGGAGAAGGCGCGCCAGAUAAAGGAGACCUUGAAAAUAAUUGGUGUUCCUACAUCGCUUCACUGGAUCGCCUGGUUUAUAAAGACAAUGAGCUUGUUGCUCAUCACCAUGGUGUUAGUUGUGGUUAUUUUAAAAACACCAACGAGUAAUGGAGCAAUUCUUAAACACAGUUCGCUUAUUGUGGUGUUCAUAUUCUUUGUGUUAUUCGCAGCUGCUCUCACGUUCUUCGCCUUCAUGUUAUCUUCAAUCUUUUCUAACGAUGCUGGCCAGCAAUGGAAAAAUAUAUGGUCGAAUCCAACGUCGGAUUACCCGGUGGCUAUGGGAGUUGUUUGGCUCUUCCUCCUCUUGAAUUGCCUGAUGUACAUGCUCAUCACGCUGUACGUCGACGCCAUUCUCCCCGGAGAGUAUGGGAUGGCAAAGCCAUGGAACUUCCUCUGCCAGGCGGAUGGUGGCGGAGAGCGCGCGUCGCGUGUGCAGAAGUCGUUCUGGCGGCCGAAGCCGCCGGUGGAGGCGGUGGUGAACCCGCUCCCUCACGCUGCGGACAGGCGGAACGUGGAGGACGAGCCCACGGGCCUCAGGGCCGGCGUCCGCAUCAACGCCGUCUCCAAGGUACGAUUCCGCCCUUCAGCAAAGGAGGGUGUUUUCAAUGCACUGGCGUAA